UUCUACCACUGCAAAAAGGCUCCCUAGUUUUGAACAAAUCGACGGAAAAAAGUUCACUUUUUUUCUAUCCAAACAAGUUCGGUGUUUGUUACCUGAAUAAUCUCCUCCUCUUCCUGGCAUCGUAAGUAAGGGAGCUCCAUAAGAAAAAGCAAUUAAAACCUCAGGGAAUGCGGAAAGAUGUGCUUGCAUAGAAGGAAUUCCUCUUGUGAGAUAAAGCAGACUGCUGGUUCACUAGCGCUACUCAUCUGCCCAACUCUUGAUGUGAGUGAUCUCCUUUCCUCCACAAAUUCUACACCAUCCAGACUCCGAAACGACGUGGAUAUAAGAAUGUUGUUCUCUAUCCGGGAUCAUGACCUUGGGGAAGAUGGCUAGAGCAUUAUAGUCCAUCUAAUCGGCGACCCAAAUAGAGCCCUGAGAUUUAUUUCUUUGUCGGCAUGGAGCCUAGAGGGAAGACUCUAAUGGAGAGGUAUGAGCUGGGGAGACUGUUGGGGCAAGGAACAUUUGGCAAGGUGCACUAUGCAAGGAAUCUGGAGUCAAACCAGAGUGUGGCCAUAAAAAUGAUGGACAAACAGAAGGUGCUAAAGGUGGGGCUUUCUGAGCAGAUCAGACGUGAGAUCACAACCAUGCGGUUGGUGGCUCACAAGAACAUUGUUCAGCUUCAUGAGGUCAUGGCAACACGGAACAAGAUCUACUUUGUCAUGGAGUAUGUCAAAGGUGGUGAGCUCUUUCAAAAGGUUGAAAAGCGUGGAAAGCUUACAGAGGCUGUUGCACAUAAGUACUUCCAGCAGCUCAUCGCUGCCAUGGAUUACUGCCACAGCCGAGGUGUGUAUCACAGGGACCUGAAGCUUGAGAACCUGUUGUUGGAUGAGAAUGAGAACCUGAAGGUCUCGGACUUUGGACUAAGCGCUCUUGCAGAGUCGAAGAGGCAAGAUGGCUUACUCCAUACCACCUGUGGAACACCUGCUUAUGUAGCUCCAGAGGUGAUCAGCAAGAUAGGUUAUGAUGGUGCAAAGUCAGAUAUUUGGUCCUGUGGUGUUAUUCUGUUUGUUCUUGUUGCUGGCUAUCUCCCUUUCCAGGGCCCAAACUUGAUGGAGAUGUAUCAGAAGAUACAGCAUGGCCAAUUCAGGUGCCCCAGUUGGUUUUCACGCAAACUCCAGAAGUUGCUGUACAAGAUCAUGGACCCCAACCCCAGCACAAGGAUUUCAAUCCAGAAGAUAAAGGAGUCUACCUGGUUCCGGAGAGGCCCUGAGGAGAAUUGUGCUUUGAAGGAGAGAACUUUAAAUGAAAACACUGCCAGAAAUGUUGCUCCAACCGUUGGUAUGAGACGCAAGAAAAAUGGUCAUGAAGAUUUGAAGCCCAUGUCAGUGACAAAUUUGAAUGCAUUUGAAAUUAUCUCUUUCUCCAGGGGGUUUGAUCUCUCUGGCAUGUUCAUCCAAAAGGAACACAGAAAUGAAACGUCAAGGUUCACUUCAGAUAAAUCUGCCUCCAUCAUCAUCUCAAAGUUGGAAGAUGUCGCAAAGGUGCUUAAUCUCAGGGUGAGAAAGAAAGACAAUGGUGUAGUGAAGAUGCAAGGGAGGAAGGAGGGAAGGAAUGGCGUUCUUCAGUUUGACAUAGAGAUAUUUGAGGUCACCACAUCCUACCAUAUCAUAGAGAUGAAACAAACAAAUGGUGAUUCACUGGAGUACCAACAGCUACUGGAGGAGGGCAUCCGGCCAGCUCUGAAGGAAAUUGUCUUGGCCUGGCAUGGAGAUCACCAGCAGAAAUCACAAGAGCAGGUUUUGGGUAUCUCAAGCAUUUAGUUUCUGCUCCUCAAAUUUGUUAGGUUUUAGUUCAAAUGAUUUUUUUUGGGAUGCCUGUGUUCUUUUUAGCAAAUAUGUUUUUGUAUUCGGAGAGUGCAUAUUGCGGCAAUGUAUGCAAUUGUAUUUGAAGAGUUCAUGUUGAGGCAAUGUAUGGAACAUUUAGAUGGAAUCUAUUGAGCCAGUAGUUUUAUGAGAAGUUGAGCUGCAAUAUAGAAGUUGGUUUUGACGCUUUGGUAAGCCAUCU